AUGAACGACGAGGCUAAUUCUUGGAUCAGAAGAACAAAAUUCUCUCACACAGUAUGUCAUCGAUUAGAUUCUGCAAGAUUAGCCUCAUUUCUAUCCGAUGGUCAACCAAUUCGAAUCGCGGGUAUAAAAACCCGACCCCCAAAAACUCUCGAAGACCCAAAACCCGCCGAAAUCCAAGCAAAUCCGGUCACAAACAAGUACAGAACCGUAACUCCGCCACCCAAAACCACCGUCCCCGACACCUUCAAAGAAGCAAGGUCAAACACAAAAAGAUUCUCAACCCCACAUCCACAAAGGGUAGAAACGGAAAAAGGGUUUAAAGAAAAAAAGAUGUUUCACAGAAACAUGACUGCUGUUAACGUUAGGGCUCAUGAGAAUCUUUCUAGUCCUCUUAAACAUUUCAAUUCGAUGAAGAUUCAAGAUAAAAAGAAGAUGAAAAGGGAUUAUUCUUGGUCAAAGCUGUUUGACCAUGGUGGAGGGAAGGUUACUUCUGUCGAAACAAUUGAUGAUGUUAUGGUUGACCUUUCAAAGCUUUUUCUUGGCCAUAGAUUUGCUCAUGGUGCAAAUAGUCAACUUUACCAUGGAAUUUAUAAAGAUGAAGCUGUUGCUGUUAAGAUUAUUAGGCUUCCUGAUGAUGACGAAAAUGAAGAACUUGGAGUUAGACUUGAGAACCAAUUUAUCCGAGAAGUUAAUCUUUUGUCGCGACUCCACCAUCAAAAUGUCAUUAAGUUUGUAGCGGCGUGUAGACAACCACCGGUUUUCUGUAUCAUAACCGAGUAUCUUUCAGAAGGUUCUUUAAGGGCAUACCUACAUAAACUCGAGGACAAUACCGGAAAAGAAAAAGAGUAUCUUCCGUUAGAAAAGCUUAUUAAAAUGUCUUUAGACAUUGCACGUGGAAUGGAGUAUAUUCAUUCACAAGGCGUGAUUCAUAGGGAUCUUAAACCUGAGAAUAUAUUAAUAAAUCAAGAUUUCAAUCUGAAAAUUGCGGAUUUUGGGAUCGGUUGUGAAGAAGCGUAUUGUGAUUUUCUGGCGGAUGAUCCGGGGACGUAUAGGUGGAUGGCACCCGAAAUGAUUAAAAGAAAGGCGUAUGGGAGGAAGGUUGAUGUGUAUGGAUUUGGGCUUAUUUUGUGGGAGAUGGUGGCUGGAACUAUACCUUAUAAAGAUAUGACUCCUAUCCAAGCUGCAUUUGCUGUUGUUCAUAAGAAUCUCCGGCCAACUAUUCCGGCAGACUGUGCUCCGGCAAUGAAAGCAUUAAUAGAGCAAUGUUGGUCUACACAACCAGAAAAAAGGCCAGAGUUUUGGCAAGUGGUGAAGGUGUUAGAAGAGUUUGAAUCUUUAAUAGCACGUGAUGGAAACUUGAAACUUUUACAACAUCCAACAUGUUUAGAUAAUAAAAAGGGACUUCGCCAUUGGAUUCAGAAGCUUGGGCCUCAUCAUCAACAUCAACAUAACUCUCCUAUGCCUAAACCGAGGUUUUCAUGAAAACUUUGUGAGUUUAUAUUUUUAUCUGGAGAUGUUUUUGGUUGACCGGGUAAUGAUGUAAUUAAAGAAAGUGUUUGUUUUUGAAUUAUGUUUGGAUUUUGUUUAUGUGAAUGGUUAGGGUUUUAUCGAUACAUUGUUGUUAAAGAUUGGUUUCAGACACA